AAAAGGACUUUCUUUCUUGUGGCUCCAUUGCCUUCAACUCCAGCAGCAAAAUGGCGGUGAUGGGCAUCCAGCUUGUGGUCUCCCUUCUUGUGGCCAGCAUUAUGCAGAAGAUGGCUCCUCACUGGUCCUUUGCCCGAUGGCUUCUCUGCAAUGGAAGCUUACGCCGCUACAAGCAUCCCUCCGAAGAGGAACUCCUAGCCCUGGCAGGCAAGCAAAAGCCAAAGAGCAAGCGGGAACGGAGGAUCAAUGGAGUUAUGGACGAGAAGCCUUCCUCGGUUCCUAGAGAUAUCGAUUUGCAGCUGGAGAGCAGUCCCAUCACGGAGGAUGCUCUGGUCCUCUGCUAUUUCCUGGAAUACCAGUGGUACGUGGACUUUGCAGCCUACUCCGCUCUGGUCUACCUCUUCACCGAAGGUUACUACUGCCUGGUGGAUCCCCAGAAAGAAGCCAACAUUGGGAUCCUCUGGUGCUUGCUCACUGUCAUCUUCUCUAUCAAAAUCUUCUUCAUGGUGAUGCGCCAUUACUUCCGUUCCAAGGAAGGCGGGGAGCGUUCGGUUUGCUUGGCCUUCGCCUUCUUCUUCCUUCUGAUCGCCAUGGUGGUCCUCGUCAUCCGUGAAGACUAUCUUGAAUUUGGCCUUGAUGCAGGGUUGACCAACAUCAGUGACAGCCUAGAGGUUUUCUUGAAGGAGGAAGGUUGGGAGUGGACGAUCCCAGUGAGUAAGUUAACCUUCAAGCUGGCGCUGGUGGGCUUGUGUUCCUUCAUCGGCGGCUGUCUGACCUUUCCAGGCCUACGACUGGCUCAGACUCACCUAGAUGCCCUCAAGAUGACGGCUGACCGACCAAUGGUCCAACUCCUUCUCCACGCCAGCUUCCUUGCCCCUGUGAUUGUUGUGUUCAUGUGGAUCAAGCCAGUCUCCCGGGAUCUUAUGCUACAUGCCCCCAUGGGGAAGGAGUCAGUCCAGAUCAUGUCUGACACCACCUACAACUCUGUGCGUCUCUGGACCAUUGUGGUGCUGUGCUUCCUCCGCCUGGCUGUCACCCGUCUCCAUCUCCAGGCAUACCUGAAUCUUGCUGAUCGCUGGGUAGAGCAGAUGAAGCGAGAAGCUGGCCGUAUCACUGUGCUGGAGAUCCAGCAGAAGAUCACCAGGAUUUAUUGCUACGUAACUGUGGUCAGCUUGCAGUACCUGGCUCCGAUCCUGCUCACCCUGCACUCACACUGAUGCUCAAACUCUUGGUGAAUAUUCCUGGGGGCUGUACCCCGAAGCCGCCCUACCUCCCGGCCCUGCAUGCCAUCCCUGCCGCCUCCCCAGAUGAGACUGAGAAAGAUGAGGUCCAAGCCACUGUGGAGCACAUCACAGGGGCCCU